UUUAUAUUAAAUAUUUGAUAAGCAAAAGCAGAAGCAGAAGCAAUGAGUGCAUUUGUCAUCAUAAUUAUAUUACUUGUGGGAAGAGAAUUGCAGUCAAGCACUUAGGAACGUCGAGUAGUAGAUCCUAAACUGCUGAUAACUUAAAAACGUUCUAGCUUUUUAUAUAUACACAAUUGGAAUAGCGUUAAAAACCACUGCAACAAUAUGUAUACGAAAGAAUAUGUCAUGAGGCUGAAAAUAUAUCAAGUUUAUAGUAUAAGACGUAUUUCCACCAGCAAGUCAUGAUUUAUGGCAUCAAAUCUUCAAUGGAAGGAGAGGGAUGGUAAUGAAAUGAAAAUAGAUCAUUAUAUCAAUGGACAGCAAUCGGAAAUUACAGAAGAAACAGAGAUUUUAAAUUCCUCUUCAAUAAAGAUAAGGACAGACAUCUUCAGUCUUCAGCAAACGGAAUUAUCAAAUGACAGUAAAAAUGUGGGCAAAAACAAUGCUGGCAGUGCUAUUGAGUCAACGAUUAAAAUGAACGAUGAUCAAAAUAGCAAUAGCAGCAGUAGCACUAACAACAAUAAUAAAAGCGAAAAUACUUUAGAAACCUCUAAAUUGCUAGUUAAAAAUGGUUCUGCAAAUGGCACGGCUGCCGCUGCUCUAAUAACAACUUCAGGAACCUUUCACUUGCCAGCACCAAUACAACAGACUUCAUCGGGUUACGCUGAUAGCACAGCAACGCGAGGUUCAAUUUAUCAUCCACCAAUAGCGCAGAUAAAUUCAGUGCCUGCCUCCGUCAGGGGAAGUGGUAACAAUAAUGGAUUAUCGCCGUCACCGACGCCAGCCAAUACUAAGAAAUCAAAAGCGAUGGCUGCUGCGACUAGUGCAGCAACAGGAGUUCGUCUCGGAGCAUCUGUAUCAAAUCAACUUAAUACAAAUGCAAUGAGUAGUAAUAAUUUGAAAUCCGAAUUGGGUGUAUUAGAUUAUAGUUCCGCCUCAUCAACAACUAUAAUACCUAGUGGAGCCAUUCACAAUGCUAGUAAACAGUCUAGUGGCAAUACCGACGUAAGUAGGAGUUCAAAUUUGGCAAAUGUUGAAAAUCAACCAGUUAAUAGUGCAUAUGGCGGUAGAUUACAGUUCUUCAAAGAUGGAAAAUUUAUUCUUGAAUUAGCCAGAGCAAAGGACGGAGAAAGAGGUGGUUGGAUUUCCGUUCCACGUAAGCUAUUUCGUUCACCAUCUGCAACAUCAUACACUGUUACACCAACUUCUGCCUUGUCAUCUGUAUACCAAAACAAAGAGUGUUCUACAUCUUUGAGCUUUUCUGAUGAUAAUAGUUCAGUUCAAUCAUCUCCUUGGCAGCGUGAUCAUUGCUGGAAGCAAUCUACUCCACGUCGUGAUAUAUCCAAGGAAAUGUCUCUUCACUAUGUACGACCAAAAGGCGUAACACUUACAACAAAAGCAUUGCUCAUAGCAAAUAGAAAGAAAAGAAAACCUCAUGAGGUUACUGAAAUGGAGAGAAAUAUUUUUAUAGCAUUAUUUGAGGAAAACCUGAACAGUUUCAAAAUUGGAAUGGAUUGUGAAACAGAUUUGAAGUUUAGUGUAGAAUCUAAGAAAAAGUUAAAAAAUGAUAUAUUAGAAGAGAAGAGAAAAAAUUUGAGAAAUGGCAGUAAGAUUAGUUGCGAAGAGGAUGGAUCAUCUUGUUCGUCAAGUGUUACAUUAACAGGUGAAGAUUGUACAAAUGGAUUGACGAAUACAGAAUUGCCUGAAUUAAGUGGAACUGAAAUAGCGAAAAAUCAAUGCAUGUCGGAUGAAUUGCCGGAUCUAAAAAUUGAAAGAGAUAUAAAGAUUGAGAAGCAGGAAGAAAUGCAUACCAGUGAGGACGAAGCAAAUAUACCUACUACAGUCGAAGGUUUGAAUAAAAGUACUAAGUUGGAAGUAAAUGGUGAAAGUAAGAAUACUAGUUCUUAUGAAACACAAGACUCAAAAGUCAAGAUCGAAAGCAUAGAAAGCAUAGAAGGAGAAGAAAAAAGACUUAAGAAAUCCAAAAUAAAAAUUAGAGCAAAGCUCACUACUAUAAUUCAGAAAUUAAUUGACAAAGUUCCAAUACGUCUAGCUAGUUUGGCAAAAAAUCAUGUUUCUACAUGUGGAGCUAGUAGUAGUUAUUCAUCUAGUUCCAGUAACGUUUUGGCGCAAAAGGUUUCGCCUCCGUCUUCAUCAGCUGCAUCAAGAUUAGUUGAAUAUCAUCAACAACAUGUAUCGCCCCGUAAAAGAAUAUUGCGUGAAUUCGAAAAAGUGUCUUUAGAGGAUAAUUCUACUGUAGCUGGUGGGAAACGAAGUCGUGCUAAAGGAACUUCUACAUCUACCACUGGUAUAAUGACAUCACAGUUUCGUUGUGACAAAUCACCUACAAAUCGAAUACAAGCAAAUCUACGGGACUGUAAUACUUUAGCAAAUAGCACAAUAUCAUCAAGUUCAACUGUAGUGUCAAAUGGUAACCACUUAACUUCGACAUCGUCUAAUAAGCAUUUAAAACCUAUUACGACAACAAGUUCUGCUCAACCUCGGCUAUAUAGUUCUUAUAGCAUUCAUUCCCUCCUUAGUGGUAAUAGUACCAGCAACUCUUCAAACUCGUCAAAUAAUCAAAAAAAACAUAGUGAGCAAGCAGUUAUUAGUAACAUAAAUUAUCAGCAUCAUCAGCAAAUACAAAAUAAAACGGAUCCUUCACACUUACGUACGAUGCUGGCAUCUCCUAAGUCACCUGAAAGUAAUAUAAAUAGUUGUGGUGGUAAAUCACCAUCGAGUUCUACACACAGAAAACGUUCGCCACCUUAUGUAUCAGCAAUGCAAGAUUCACAUUCACGUAGUCCUAUCUCUAAUUUAAAUAAUGAUUAUGGGCAAAAAUCACCGCAUUCGUCAACACCAGAAUCGGGAUCUGGUCCCAAUAUAAGCCACAAGCCGCGCUAUUUAGUAGAGCAUAGCAUAGGAUCCACUCUACAUUCAACUAGUGUUCAUAUUUCCCAACAACAAGGCUUAUAUUCAAAUUAUAUGAUGUCACCAAAAUACGUUACAGCUCCGCAAAGUUCAUUGUCCCCAAAUUCAAAUUCAAAUUCAAAUUCAACUUCAAUUAAUGUUGUACGUUCACCUCGACAUUCAUCUGCUUUUAAUAGCAAUUCUCAAUCUAAUAGUAAAACAAUGUCUACAACGUUUUCAGCACACAUUCCAAACUCGUCCAGUUCAUCGGGCCUAGUUAAGCGAGAGCUGUCACCACCACGUUCAUUAACUGCAUCGCCUCGCGAUUCCACCCCACGCACUGUACCAAAAAAGACUGCAUCAAUACGUCGACAGUUUGCUUCGCCUAAUGCUAGUACAACGAGUAGUUGCCCAUCGCCGAGCGACCGCAAUUGUGAAGAAGUUGUUGUACAAGACCGUAAAACACCUAUUACAAGCAAUCAAAAUUUGCUACAAGGCAGUUCGCCUGGGAGCACAAUUGGUUCAAUUAAUUCGCCAUUUAAUUAUUAUAUGUAUCCCUCACCCGCUAGUAGUGUGCCCAGUUCCCAUUCGCAGUCUAGUGGUCCACCACCGCCAAUAAAUAAUACAGCUGCUGCAGUAGCAGCAGCUGCAGCUUACAUUCCAUCGGUAGUAUCGUCGCCCUAUUAUCAUCCAUAUAUUUUAACACUAGCAGCGUUACGGCAUAAUCCGUUAUGGAUGCACCAUUAUCCAGGCACUAGUCCUGGUGCUGGUGCACCUGUGCUACCACCGCCAACUGCAGCAAGUAUAUCACCUCCUUUCCAUAGUUUUCCAUAUAAUGGCGCUGCCAGUAUAGCAGCUGCUUUCAAUGGUAUGGCAACCCCUAUGUCUCCAGCAGUAGGGACACAUUAUCAACAAAAUGCAGCUAUUGCAGCAGUUAACCAUCAUAAUAUGCUUAUGACACCUGCAACAGGUAUACACAGUGGAUUAAAUAUGAGCGCUCUAACAGCACAUACAACCAAAUUGACUGAUAAUACUACUGAAAUGAAUACAGUAAUAAAGAGCACUCCUUCAGCACAAAAUAUGGAAGCAACACCAACUGCACUUUACCCAAAUAGCAUUAAAGAUGAACUUAGUUCAGAUGUACCCUUAAAUUUAUCAAAACAUUAAAAUCGGUUUCCAUAACAUAGAAUUUUACAGAAACAUUCAUCAGUAUGAAAAUUCCAUUGGGCAUAAAGCACGUAAGCUCCACAAUAUCAGGUGGAUCGUUCUUCC